CCACGACAACAGAUAGGUGUGUGUGUGGUUUGUGUGACAAAGGUGACAGCUUCACAGAUCGGUCCACUCACUCUUCGUGUUCAGUCAUCAGUUUGCUGUGUCUAAGGAGGAGGGGGUCUCUGUUUGCUCCAACAUGAGUGAAGAUAGCAGCGCUCUGCUCAGCAGGCUGCAGCAGUUGCAGUGUCACUUCACCUGGGAUCUGAAGAUCGAUGUGGACCUGGAAAAACUGAGCACUCGACUACACAUUGACAUAGAUUUCCAUCAGAGUCAGUGUGAGGGAGGGAGUUGCUCCUACAGCCUCUUGGCUUAUGUCAGGUAUCUUCAGGAUCAACGAGAGGAAGCGCUGUCACUUUUAAACCAAUCAGAGAAGACCAUCAGGGAGAGUUACGGUGAUGAGAGUGAGAGGAGGCUGAUUGUGACGUAUGGAGACAUGGCCUGGCUGAAAUACCAUGAUGGAGACUUUGCACAGUCACAAAGCUACUGUCAGAGAGUCGAGGACAUACUGGUGAAGUAUCCCACUGGUUCAUCAGCAAGUCUCCUUCCAGAGGUGUAUGGCGAUCAAGCCUGGACCUAUUUUAAGGUGUCAUGGUCUUCUCUCUCCAAAGCCAUCGAGUGUUUUUGUAAAGCACUUGAGGUACAGCGUCAUGACGCAGAGUGGAACGCCGGCUACGCCAUCGCCCUCUUUCACAGAGAACAGUGGUUUUUAGGAAAUAAACAGGAAGAUGAGGAAUCCCAGGCCACCAAACAGCUUCGCUUUGCAUUGGAAAUCAACCCAAAUAACGCUGUUCUGCAGUGCAUGCUGGCCUUGAAGCUGAUGGCUUAUAAGAAAUACGAAGAGGCUGACGGUUUGGUGAAGAAAGCACUAGAAAAUGAUCCCGAUAACCCUCAUGUCAUCCGGCACUCCGGAAAUUACUUACAUAAUCGGAAUCGACUGGAUGAGGCUAUUGAUGUGAUUAAGCGAGGCCUGAGAAGGGGCGAUCAAUUACCUUCCUUCACCCGCCAGCUGGCUCUGUGCUACAAGAAGAAGAAAAUUGCUGAGCAGUGCCGCGGGCCCUUCAGCAACAGAGAAGAGGUGCGUAAGUGGAGGCGUAUUUGUAUCAGUCACCUUGAAGAUGCUGUGAAGAUGAAGCCAUCCUUGCUCCGGGUGUGGGCUGAACUGGCACUGCUGUAUGCAGAGGAAGGGGAUAUGAGCAGGGCUGAGGAGACUUUCAAGCACUGCUUGGAGAAGUUACCAGAGUUGAAGGAGAAAAGAGAUUGUCUGAUUAUCCAUCAGCACUACGGUGACUUUCAUCUUUAUCACACAAAAAAUGAGGCUCAAGCCAUCGCUCACUAUACCAAGGGGCUGCUGAUACCACUGAAAAAAUAUGAGUGGAGACAGUGUGCUAAGAGACUGAAGCAGAUCGCUGAGAGACGUCGGUCAAGGAAUCCAGGUGAUGGUGAAGCUCUCGCUCUGCUGGGUCAGGUGGCCAGAGCUGAGGGCAACAACAUGGAAGCUGCUUUGUUUUAUGAAGAAGCUCUGAACUAUGACAAGGACAAUGCAGAGUACCUGUCUGCUCUGUGUGAGCUGCGCCUGGAGCUGCAGGGAUCAUCCUCUGAUUAAUCAGGAUCAAUGCAAAAACUGGCUAUAACUAAUUCUUAAAAUCGUAUAUCAAGCCAAAAAUAAUUUGUUAUCUUGUUUGGAGAGUGAUACACUCAGAGAGAGCAGGAUGCAAUUAAUCUUUUACAAUAUGUAUUUUAUCUCUUAGUUUCUUAGUUAGUUCAUCUUCUUUUGCAGUUUCAUGUGAUCAGUGCUUAAAUAAAGGUUGUUGUAUAUAUGCUUUAAUUCAUGUAAUGUAAUUGCUUUGUCUUGGUUUAAUAUAAGAAAAUCCUUCAAUAACAUUCUUGCUCAGUUGCUCUAGUUUUAAGAUAUUUUCCCUUAAAGUGAGAAAGAAGUAGAGACAUUUUGAGUUUAUUUGACAUAAUAAAGUACUUGGAUCAAGUGUUUCAACACUUAUUUCAAUUGAUUUCUCACUUCAUUAAAUGCAAGACGUUGGAAGUAAUGAUGUACAAAUACUUAGUGUCACAGUGUUUAUGCAUGUUAAACAGUAACAUGUGUACUUCCAUCCUCUGUCUCACAGUUUUCCUCCUACUGAUUAAAAAAUGCAGUAAUCUGUAUUUUCCCAUGGUGCAACUUUGAUAUGUUUAUAUGAUCACAGAACAAAUUUCUGGGGGGUUUUGGAUGAUGUGUGGAGCUGUAAAGUUGUGGAUUCUGCUGUGAUUUUGAGCUCCAGAUUUAAUUAAAAACAUGUCAGUAUAACAGACAGUGAGUUGUCUGUAUGAACCUUAUAACUGAUGUUAGAUUUAAAUAAUUGAAAAUAAAGUUCAUGAUAGCUAAAA